AUGAAAACGCGCAGGCCGGCACGAAGGCGGACACGAGACCUUGAUUUCCGGUUGAAAGAAAGUAGUGAGCGGGAAAACAGCACGCCAGGCCGCCGGUGGAGAAGCACAGUAGAGGGCAGAGAAGUGGACGUUGCUCUCAGGCAGUGGGCUGCAAAACAAGAAGCCGUGGAAGCAAAAGAACCUAAGGAUGCACCGAAACCAAAAGAGGAGGACAAAGAAACAAAACCUUCUCCAAAGAAAUGGAGAACUGCGAUGCAGGAAUGGGAAGCAGCGAAUCCCGAGCAGCCUGUUUCACCUCGGAAAACAUCGAGCUUCUCAAAGGUGGAGAGCUCUGAGAGAAGUAAGAGGAGAUCCUCAGAGCUUAUGCAGUCUUCUAUACCAGAAGAGCCUGAGAGCGACACGUCUCCGGGAAAGGGAAAAACCUCGGCUAAGAGAAAUACUUCGACUUCGUCUACGAAACUUGACACCAAAGAACCUGAAAGAGAAAUUGCUUCCAAACGAAACGUGAGGGCGAGCCCUCUGAACGUUAGUGAUCGGUCAGCUACCAGCAGGCGAUGGCGCAGCAGUGUAGACAGCAGAGAAGUGGACAAGGCGGUGAAAUCAUUUGAUAAGUCAAACAGAGACGCAAUCAAACCUAAGAAUUCUAGUUUGAUACGUACAUCGACGCUUCAGGACAGACCCAGCAGUUCGACUGUAGAACCGAUGUGGAGGAGAUCUUAUAAAUCUACAGACGUAGAAAAAGCAAUCAAGGCAGAGCCGCUAUCGAAGUCAUAUAGAGACAAAGCAAACAGUAAGACAGAUGACAUUGAUGCGCGGAUGAAGAAAAGAAGAGAAGAACGACGAUGGCGAAGUUCGCUAGAUUCGAAGGAAAUCAACUCAGCGGUAAAGAAAUUUGACUUUGACAGUCGCCGAAAGCAGUUCGACGGGUCUCGCGGUAGCUCACAGAGUUCGUCUUUGGACUCGAGUCCGCACGAUAGCCGGGGGAGUACCCCGGAACCUGUGAGACGGUCGGACAGGCGAGGGGGAGUCUCAAGUAGAAUGGAGACUCCCAAAAACAUUCCUGAGUCCCCCCGGAGGACGAAAGCGUUCCCCGGGGGUGCCGUGAGGGUUCGGACUCCCGACACAGAGAAAAAAGAACUUCCUGGUAAGUCUCAGGACAAAAGUUCCACGAGCAAAAAACCAGGAAUCGAGAUUACUGCAGAUGGGUUGAAAGGAAAAAUUAAGGAUGAAAUACGAGACAAGGACAAAGAUGAGGAUAACGUCAAAACUCGUGAUCGUUUAGGAAGACGAUGGAGAAGUAGUUUGGACAAGAGAGAGUUGGAUGUUGCCUUGAAAGGCCACGAGUCGAAGGGUAGGGAAAGUGCAAUACAAAAACCAGUGGAGAAGAAAGGAGCUGAAGACGAGAAGAAGGUUGAAGUGAAAGAAUCGAGGUACGCGAAAAGAUGGCGAGAGAAGGUUUACGGUGAGAAGGACGAGAGUGGUGCUGAGGAGAAGGGGAAGGAACCGGCGGUGUCCACCAUGCACGUGAAGGAGGACAGGGCGCCUGUGCAGAAGAGAUGGCGCAGCGCGGUGGACAGGACAGAGGUAGAUCUCGCGAUCAAGCAGCACGAGACGAAGAUGUCGAAAGAUUCGGAGAGCGCAGGGGUGAGUCACGAGGUGGCCAAGCUGACGGAGAAGAGUGAUCGCGGUGUGCACGACCGCAGGCGCCGCAGUGCCAGGGGAUCAGUAGACGUCACGGACAUUAAAGCAGCCAUAAGUAAGACAAAGGAGGACGACAAGGGCGUGGCUGAAAAAUCGGGUAAGGGUCUCACAGCGAGCGGGAAGGAUAAAGACUCGGAGGGUGAAGAAGAAGAAUCUUCCCGCCCGCUUUUCGGAAGUGUUCGCGGGAGAAUGAAACGGUACGAGAAGAGUCAAACUCAGGAGGACGACGGUAGCCAGACGAGCGUUACCGGAAACGGAAUCAGGGUGGCGAACAGGUUCGGAAGGCGGUCGCGAACCGACGUAGACCCGAAGGACGUUGACACUGUGUUGCGGGCAGGGAUGAAAAGUAUUAAGGAGGAGAAGGAGACUUCAGAAGACGAUAAACCUGUGCGUCGGGAGAUACCGAAACCCAAACCGGCCAUGCUUCGGCGAUGGACGAGUCUCAUUGACGAGACCGCCGCGAAGAAGGCUGUCGAAGAACCGGGUUCGGUCGGUAAGAGACUGCAAAACUUCAUGGAGAGAAAAAUCAGCAAAGACGAUUACGACGUCCCACCGGCGAGCAGUUCUCACAACAGACGUUGGACUACAAGUGACUUUGACACUUCGGCGGUCGAGCCAGCUGCCAGGCAGAAUGACCGAACAAAAGAGAGACUGAAAGAAAGACUCGCACGCAUAAGCGAGAACGUUAAAUCGGUGGAGUAUACUGAUGAACCUAAACACGGAGUAGCACUGGAAGCCAACCACGCUCCUUUGGUGGCGAAGUACUCCUCCGAUAGCGGCAGGUCGUCCAGACCCAGGUCGGAGGACAUCAGUGACAAAGUUUCUCCGGAGAAAUCCGCUCCGGGUGACGAUUACAACGGAGACAGCGACUUGGAUAACGACGAUGAAGGGUUCGAGACGGAGUCCACCGUGAGCUCGAACAUCGACAGCGUGGCAGACAAGGUGGGCAGUGUGGACGGAGAAGGCAGCGGGAGCCCAGCGGAUCGGAGAGAAAGUACAGGAGUAUUCCGCGCCAUUGAUAGCCGGAGAGACAGCCUGGGGUUGGACGAGCCGUCGGCGCACACGUGUCACAGCCCGCAGUCCAGCGUCGACUCGUCGUUUGACCAGUCGGACAUCACCGAUACGGAGUCCAUCACGUCGGGCGGCCGGGACUCCAGGCCGAGCAGCCAGACGUUCUCCGAGGCUGACGGCAAACAUCAGGACGCUGUCAGGCCGCUACACAAAGUCUCACCGGGGGGAGCGAAAACACAGAGCAGUGCCGAAACCAGAAACGGCCUGCCGAUCCCCCGUAAACUGAGCCUACCGAAGUUCGAAAAGGCGCCGCCGCCGAAGCGCAUCCCGGGUACGUUUGCCGGGAAGGUCGGACACUUGUUGAGCAAAUUCAAUCAAGGAAGUCCCGAUGGCUCCACGACGCCAGCAGCGAAGUCGGGCAGCUCUACCGUGCCCAGGAGGAACACUAUAGCUUCCUUCACUGUCCCAAAAACUGGCACCGACUCGAGUAAGCUAUCCAGCCCGGAGCGAGAGAACAUUGCUCCCGAUCCCCAGAAAGCCGCGGCCCGGGACACUAUCGUGCAGGCCAUAGAGUCGGCUAUCGAGACACAGCGCUCACCCUCGGCAAAAGAGAUCAAAUCUGAAAACUAG